AUGUCAAUGAAACCAGUCACGAGUAAUCUUGUUGCCUUUCUUUUCCUUGAGUUACUUGCCAUAGUAACCAUCCACCUUAGCUUUUGCAGUGGAAACUCUUAUCAUCUGGGUUGUAUCGAAAGUGAGAGAGAAGCACUUUUAAGGUUCAAGCAUGAUCUCGAAGAUCCUUCGAACCGACUUGCCUCUUGGAGUACUGUCAAUGCAGAUUGUUGUACAUGGUCUGGUGUUGUCUGUGACAACAUGACAGGCCAUGUCCUGGAGCUCAACCUUGGAAAAGAUUUUUCGUUUGAGAACAUAACUUCGGAAAUUCUUUUAGCCGAACAUGAAGCUCUCAAUAAAUCAAUGUUAAGAGGUAAGAUUAAUCCUUCUUUGCUUAAUUUAAAGCAAUUAAUUUCCUUGGACUUAAGUUGCAAUGAUUUCAAGGGAGCUCCGAUUCCUAAAUUUUUUGGUAAUAUGAGAAAUUUAAGAUACCUUAAUCUUUCGGAAGGUGGAUUUCAAGGAAGAAUUCCCCAUCAACUCGGUAAUCUCUCUAAUCUUGAAUAUCUUGAUAUCGGUUGGGCUAACUCCUUGAUUACCGAUGAUUACUUUGGGGUUCCUUACUAUGAGGCUGUGCAUGUUGAGAAUUUGCAAUGGCUGUCAGGUCUUCCUUUGUUGAAACACCUUGACUUGACAAAUGUGGAUCUCAGCAAAGCCUCUGAUUGGUUGCAGGUCAUAAGCACAAUCUCUUCCUUAGAAGUGUUGAAUUUGAUAAAUUGUCAGCUCUACCACUUCCCUUCACAACCCAUCACAAAUCUUUCUUCUCUUGCCAUCCUUCAUUUGAGUGGAAAUAAUUUUGAAGGUCCAAUUCCUGAUGCACUUCAAAAUUUGACUUCCCUUAGACAUCUUUUUUUAUCUUACAACUUCUUCAAUUCUUCACUACCUGACUGGUGGUACAAACUUACCCGCCUAGAAAAACUUUAUCUUCCGGACAAUCGCUUGCAAGGUUAUAAUUCAAUUUCUGGUCCUGUUCCAACAGCUUUAGGAAAACUUGGGUGUUUGCAAAGUCUUGAUUUUUCCUACAACAAGUUCACUGGAACAGUUUCCGAUAGCCAUUUUGCCAAUCUCACAAGAUUGUUGCGAUUUGGUGCAUCUGGAAACUCUCUAACCUUGAAAUUCAAUCUUCAUUGGGUUCCUCCUUUUAGACUUCAAAAUUUAACUUUGAGUUCUUGUAAUUUAGGAUCUCAAUUUCCAUCAUGGAUUCGUUCAUUAAAACAUUUGUCUUAUGUUGAUAUAUCCAACUCAAGUAUUUUUGAUAGUUUUCCAACAUAUUUGUUUGAACAUCCUUUUAAUAUUGUCUAUUUGGAUCUCUCACACAAUAGUAUCUAUGGUCUGAUUCCAAAUUUGAUUGAAUUGGAUAAGCUUGAGUUUCUAGACUUGAGUUCUAACAAUUUAUCAGGUCCUUUGCCUCUUAUUGCUCUAAGUUUGUAUAUGUUCGAUCUAUCCAAUAAUUCUUUCUCAGGAUCCAUUUUUCAUUUCUUAUGUCAUGAGAUAAAUGCUUCAAAGUCUUUGCUGCAAAUUCUCAUCCUUAAGAAAAACCUCUUCCAUGGAAAUUUACCUGAUUGUUGGGAGAACUUUCCAUACUUAACAGUUUUGAAUUUAAAUGAAAAUAAUUUCAGCGGAAACAUUCCAAUCUCUUUUGGAUCCUUAAGUUCUCUUCAGUAUCUACAUCUUCGCAAAAACAACUUCUUUGGAACUGUACCUGUGUCACUCAAAAAUUGUACGGAGAUAUUGACACUUGAUCUUGGUGAAAAUUCUUUUGUUGGGAAUGUUCCAACAUGGUUGGGAGUAAGUUUUCCUCAAAUGGUAAUUCUCAAUCUUCGAUCAAACAAGUUUCAAAGACGUUUACCAAGAGAACUUUGUCAUCUUGCUUUACUACAAAUCUUAGACAUUGCUGAUAACAAUUUUCACGGAACUGUGCCAAGAUGUAUCAGUAACUUCAGUGCGAUCACAAACCUUUGGGAAGAAAGCUCAAAUCUACGAUAUGGUGAAACACUUGAAUUCUUUCAAGGUUACAUUGAAGAUGCGUUACUUGUGAAUAAAGGUCAAAUGGUACAAUAUAACACAAUCCUCCUAUGGGUGAGAAUAAUGGAUCUCUCGAAAAAUAAUUUCUCUGGAGAGAUUCCUAUGGAAGUGACAAAUCUUGUUGCACUGCAAGCAUUGAAUCUAUCACACAAUCAUUUUACAGGUACAAUUCCCAAGUAUAUUGGUGUUAUGAGAUCAUUGGAGUGUAUUGAUUUGUCUGGUAAUCAACUUUCCGGUGAAAUUCCACAAAGCAUUUCAAAUUUAACAUUUUUGAGUUAUUUGAACUUUUCCAAUAACAAGUUAAUUGGAAAGAUUCCUUUAAGCACUCAAAUACAGGGGUUUGAUGCUUCUUGUUUCACCGGUAAUGAUCUUUGUGGGCCUUCCCUUUCAAAGAAUUGUGGUGCAAUUGUCGCACCAUCACACUACAACGAGGGAAAUGUUGACAAUGAACAUGAAGUGGACUGGUUCUAUGUGAGCAUGACACUUGGAUUUAUGUUAAUUGGAAACAUUCCUUUAAGCACUCAAAUACAAGGGUUUGAUCCUUCUUGUUUCAUUGGUAAUGAUCUUUGUGGAUCUCCACUUUCAAAGAAUUGUGGUGCGAUUGUCACACCAUCACACUACAAUGAGGGAAAUGAUGACAAUGAACAUGAAGUGGACUAG